CAAAGAGAGAAGUAUCAGCUCAGAGCACUGGAAGCACCAGAAGACACAGAGACAGCCUCCAGUGUUUAAUUGCUAUAUUUUAGUUUUUUCUGAACUGCACUCAGUGAAGACUCAGAGUUGUACACAGUAUGGUGGCCUACACAACAGCACCAGGUGACGUGGAGACGGGUCUUGAGGAGAGGAUGGUGGUUUUGGUAGAAAAGAAGUCCUCUGCAGGACGGAUAUUUAAGGCAUCGCUGGCCCUUCUAGUUGUGGCCCUUCUCCUGGGAGGCCUGCUGUUUGCUUGGUACUGGAGUGGACGACAAGAAUUGAUGACACAAUCAGGCGAAAAAGAAGCGCUAAUCAAGAAUGACACUUCCGAGAAAACAGAUCACCACUCCAUGUUGAGGCAAAUCAGCAGCAAAGCCAAGGCAGCCAUUCAUUUAGAAGGUAACUGCGAUGAAGACUGCGAGAGUUCCAAAGGCGAGCUGCAGUGGAGAAACGAUCAAGGCCAGGCGUUCGCUCAGGGCGGCUUCCGACUUUUGAAAAAUCAGAUCGUCAUCCCAAAAACUGGCCUCUACUUCGUCUACAGCCAGGCGUCGUUCAGAGUGUCCUGCAGCGAUGGCGACGAGGAGGGAGCGGGAAAACGCCACACGCCUCUCAGCCACAGGAUCUGGCGUUACUCAGACUCCCUGGGCAGGAGUGCCUCUCUGAUGAACGCGGUGAGGUCGGCGUGUCAGAACACGGCCCAGGAGGGCAGCUACAGGGACGGACAGGGCUGGUACAACGCCAUUUAUCUGGGCGCUGUGUUUCAGCUGAACAGAGGAGACCGACUGUGGACGGAAACCAACCAGCUAUCAGAGCUGGAGACCGAGGACGGCAAGACUUUCUUCGGCGUGUUUGCACUUUAAAAUGACUCUUUUCUGGGGUAGAAAAGAACACGAUACAAAGCUCUGCACAGUGCCAUAUGUUUUGGCUUUGUUUUUUUUUAACAUUAAGUAUGUUUUUUGAAUUUUCUUAUUAUAAUUAUUCAUCUCAUGGUGAUGUGGAAAGGUUUAAAUCUCAAUAGAGAUGAAGCUUGUAGCCAAACAGGCGGUGCAGAUUUUUAAAAUCCUAUAAACUGUAACAGUUUGCAACAUUUGUUUCUAUUUUAGGCACUUUUUGUACAUUAUUUAUGCUGACUUGAGAUUGUAGUAGGCUGGACCUUCUUUGCUGUAUCAGACACAGACAGAGCUCUCUACUGGAGAGUUUAGGUUCAAGGACUAUGUACAGAACUAUUAUCGCAACCUGUAUGUAUUUAUUUGUAUUUAUUUAUAUUUAAAUCGU